UCGAGCCCUGUAGCAUAAAAAAAGUAACUACCACUACGUAUAUAUUCCAGCAGGCUGGGCGCUCUCAUUAUCACUACUACAACUCUCUUUUCUCUUUUCAAAUUCCUGUUUUACAACCCACUCCAUAGCAUUAUCCUCGCACUAAAAAAUAAAUAGUAUCCACAAUAUGGCGAACCAGAUUCCGUACAAGACAUACGUACAGUCGGCUGAAUACAUCAAGACUCGGAUCAACGGCUUCCAGCCCGAAAUUGGAAUCAUCUGCGGCAGCGGGCUGAGCUGCCUGGCCGAAACAUUUGAGCGUACCAAGGCAGUGGUCAAGUACGACGAGAUCCCGGGCUUUGUGCGCAGCACUGUGGAGGGCCACCCAGGCCAGCUCGUCUUUGGCGACCUGGCGGGCAAGCGCGUGGUGUGCAUGCAGGGCCGGUUCCACUGCUACGAGGGAUACACCGUGCAACAGGCGACGUUCCCGGUACGCGUCAUGCACCUCCUGGGUGUGAGUGUCCUGCUGGUGACGAAUGCCGCCGGCGGCAUCAACCCCAACUACGAGGUCGGCGAUGUGACGUUGAUCGCCGACCACCUGUCGCUGCCGGGCAUUGCCGGUGCCAACGCCCUGAUCGGCGCUAACAUUGAAGAAUUCGGCCUGCGCUUCCCAUCUAUCUCGGACCUGUACACACCGCGCCUGCGCAAUAUCGCCGCGCGCAUCUACUUGACCAACCCCAGUUUGCGCGAGGACAAGGGGUUCCGCGUGCAUGAGGGCGUUUACGCAUGGUGCUACGGCCCGUGCUUUGAGUCUCGCGCCGAGCUGCGCGCGCUGAAGACGCUAGGCGCUGAUCUUGCGGGCAUGAGCACUGUGCCUGAGGCUGUAGUGGCCAAGCAUUGUGGCAUGGAGGUUCUGGCCAUGUCACUGGUCACCAAUAAGUGCGUUGACCGCAGGGAGCCCAGCUCUCUCGAUGUUGUGGCUGCAGAGCUUGCUGGCCAGCCCCUGGUUACUGUUGCAGAGCAGUUCCCGCACCAUGAGGAGGUCAUGGCUGCUGCUGCCGCGCGCACCCCUGUCAUCCAGGAGUUUGUACGGAGCAUUAUCAGGGACAUUUGAUCAAUUUAAUUAUUUUCAUUUUGAGGGUGUGUAUUAAAUAGUAUAUUUUUAUUUACAAUUACAAUACGAUAUAAAAU